GCAUAUAACAUGGGCGUGAUCCCAGUAAGCUGGCGAGUACAGAUACUAAUGCGCAAAUUGAUUGGAUAUUUUGCGGCACUUCUUACUAUCAUCAUUUUUUUAUUAUUCCGUACAGAAAAGGAUAAUGUUGUGGACACAAUCUGCGGAGCUUUCACAUUGUCAAGGGGGGCUGGGAUGGGGUAAAUAAUUCAUAAACAGAAGUCUUAUGGAAUUUUCACAGGUUUAUCAGUAAUAUCUGUGCAAUGAAACUGAUGUCAGAAGAUUUUAGUCAGUUUACAGUGUUCGUUGAUUCAAGGCUGGGGCGGUUCAGAUUGGAGUUCGGGUAUAGAGUGGCCGUGUUAUGUGUGCGCUUUAGAUUAUAAGGUAAUGAGUACCGUGAGAGCUGUAUCUACAUAUUAUAUUGAUAUUGUUGGCGACAACAGAUGUUCGCUGUAAACUCCUAGCGGUCGAUACACAGACCUGAUCUUCGCACAGGCGACACGAACAGGACAACAGGCCAUAUGGGACUGUUUACAUAGCUUCGCUUUGAUUUCUGGUCCAUAAUAGUUAGGAAUUAUUGAAUUGGAAAUGACCCGUAAAACAUACGAUUAGAUAUGGUGAGGUGAUCUGUUAUAUAAAUGGGUGGUUGUCUUGCACGUUCAUCUUUUACAGUAAAUAAGCAGACGACAGACAAUGACUGUAUCAGCAGGAUACUGUAGAGGUCAAAAUGACACGUCGUCAUGUGAUGACGAAAAUCCUAUAUUUGGCUGUUUUCAGAGUAUGAGUGCAGCUAUCACCGCUAGCGAUGAUACCAGAGUAUUUUGUAGUUCGUUAGAGAGUUAUGUAAGUUGUGUAGAAGAGGUGGCUUGUACAUGUGGGAUAGCCAAUAGUCCAACUGUUCUAGAGGCCUUAACUUAUUAUAUAGGCGUUUAUAAACAAAAUGGCUGCAUACAAGUACUUAAUGGAGAAUUUAUUGUCGAGCCAGGCGUUCAGUGCCCAGGGCAGAAUGUAACUGGUUCUACUACUGACCAGGGUUUACUAGUCUUAGCCUUAGAUUCAGUUCCUGCUGUUAUUACUUUAGAUGCGAUGUGUCCAGGAAUCAGAGAAUGUUAUAAAAACUAUAGUUCAAUGGCUGAACAAGCCUUGUAUAACAAAGAUCUAGAAGCUAUGUGCAUAAGUCGAGAACACCUAAUACCAUGUGUAGAAAGAGCUGUUUGUAAUUGUAAUGACACGUCUAACGCAAUGCUUAUAAAUAUUAUAACCAAUGAACGAAAUCAUUAUAAUACAUUCUGCUCAAUAAUUACUGGCGGUGUAGCAUUUGAACCUGGUUUUCAGUGUGCAGAUUUAGCUCCUGUAAGUGUAUGUGUUGCCGAAAAUCCAGUAUCAGAUUGUUAUAAUACUUAUGUACAAGCUAUUGGUAAUAAUUUUAAUGAAACACGUAUACUGUGUCCGGCCAUACGUACAUUUAUAAAUUGUACAGAAAGUGUAGCGUGUGAAUGUGGUCUGACAACUUCACCUCCUGUAUUGAGUAGUCUAUCACUGUUAAUAGCUAAUUAUGAUGCGAUUGGUUGUGAAACAGUCACUGGAAAAAUGACAGUUGAACCCGGUAUAAGAUGUCCAGUUGAUCCCAGUUUUAAUGGAACCCAGGAAGUUGAAGUUCUCCUGACAUUAGGGAUGCUGAACAACCCAUUUGUAAUGGAAGUUAUUAACGGAUGUCCCCAUGCUAUGGUUUGUUACACACAAGUUGAUAGUUCUACAGCUGCUGCACUUCAUAACAAAGAUGUUUUAGCGCUCUGCCAAUCACAAAGUACAUUCAUACACUGUAUGGAACAAGCUGCCUGUAACUGUGGAAAAUAUGCAGAUGUUCAAUUUAAUAACAUGAUAUAUGUAGAAAAGACACAACAUUUAGCUGUAUGCCCAGGUGAUGUAUCGAUAAAAGAAUAUUAUGAUUGUGAUUUUUGUGUCCGGGAAAAUCCACUCUAUGAUUGUUUGAAUAGCGUAGAAAUGAUUUUAAACAGCAAUACCACAGAACGAGCAGAUUGGUGCAAUGCUAUAGAUGAAUUUAUAACGUGUGCUGAAAAUGUAGGCUGUACGUGCAUGAUAGAAAACUCUAAAGUUGUUCUCCAAUCAUUGGCUCACUAUAUACAUCUAUACAAUGAGCAUAUCUGUUUUUUCCUUGCUGAACAACCACUAUUUGUUGAUCCGGGAGUAAAAUGUCCACAUCAGAACGUGACUGGUAGUGAUGAAGACAAGGGACUGUUAGUCUUGUCUCUGGAAACGAUUCCUGAAGUUUUAAACUUGGAUAGACUAUGUCCCGGUGUAAAGAAAUGCUAUAAAGAUUUUAGUGAUCUUGGUGGUACUGCAUUAUAUAAUAAAGAUCUACCCGACUUCUGUAGAGAAACAGAGGUAUUUUUAUCCUGUUACGAAUCCACGGUGUGUAAGUGUGGUCACUCGAAUACAUCAGAUGUUUUACUUAAAAUAAAGCACGAGAGAGACACAUACAAUCAAGUCUGUACAAUGGUUACAUCAAAGAAAUAUUUAGAAACAUCAAUCAAGUGUCAGGUCACUGUUGAUAAGCCAGUGGAUACAUGUCAGUUAACCAACGCAUUUCAGCAAUGUCAAACUGGAUUACAGAAAGCUCAGGAAACUGAUAAUAAACUUUUCAAAUGCUCUGGAUAUAAAUCUUAUAUAACCUGUAUGGAAACACGGGCCUGUGAAUGUGGAUUACAACAAUCAUUCAAUGUAUUAAAGGCUUUAACAUUAAUUAUACAAUCUUAUCAAGAAGAACAGUGCUCCAAGACAGCGAGUGGAAUAAUCGCCAUACCAUCAGGAAUACAGUGUCCUGAUGGAUCCCCCGAAAAAGGAAAUGCAUUGGAUGAAACGUUGUUAUCAUUGGGGUUGUUACAAGAUUCGCAAAUCCAGGCCUAUAUAGCAGAAUGUCCAGGAUUUGGAAAAUGUUAUGAAGCAGCUGAUAAUACAACUGCUCGAGCUUUAUUUAAUAAAGAUGCAACAGCUAUGUGCAAAUCCCAUAGUACGUUUGUUGAAUGUUGUAUAAAGGCGGUGUGUGAAUGUGGUAACUUUAAAGUCUCUGAUACUUACAAACAAUGGUUGAAAACUGAAAUUAACCUUCACCGAUCGGAUUGUAAUCCAGAUACACCGAUUGUAACAACAGAUGUUUGUAGUACUGGAUGUGGAAUGUUAAUAUCAGCAUAUGUUUUAAUUGUGCAACUCGUCAGUGUAACUCUAUAUAACUCACUUUAAUUGAGUAAUGAAUAAUCUGUAUAUAAAUUUCAAUGUGAUAUCUGUUAA